ACCGCCGAACUCCCCAACGCCGCCGCCGCCGUCAGCCGCAAAUUGUAGCGUAUCCUCCCCCCUUCUUCUCCCCCCAGUCGGGCGCGGCGCUGACGAAGCUCGAGCGGGGAUGAAGGCCGGGAGGAAGAACCUGCAGCGCGCGUGCCAGGACGGCUCCGCCGUCACGCUCGCGGAGGGCGAGAGCAUCAUGCAGGUCGUCACGCUGCGCGGCUCCAAUCUCAUCGAGGUCACGGACGGCGAGGGCGUCAAGUCCCUGGCCCUGUUCCCGGCCAAGUUCCAGAAGAGCUUCUGGAUCAAGAACGGGAAUUUCGUGGUUGUGGAUGCUAGUGGGAGGGACGAGGCUCUCGAGUCAGGAAGCAAGAUAGGGUGCGUCGUGUCGCGGGUCCUCUUUCAUGAACAAGUUCGUGCUCUCGAAAAAUCCGGUGAAUGGCCAGCUAUCUUCAAGUCAGCUUCCAACAGUUGGGCGCCAGGAGCAGAAGGAACAAAGUCGCAGGUUGAGAAAGAGCAGAACUCUGAUGAAGAUGACGAUGAUCUGCCACCACUCGAGGCGAACACAAACAGAAAUAGAACGUUUGACGUGCAGUCUGAUACAGAAAGUGAUUCUGAUUCUUAAACUGUUAGAGACAAUAAUAGGCAUGGAUGCUGUGAUAUCUAUGUAUGACCCAAAUCACCAAGGAAACCCUGUGACUGUUUUCCGAACAACUAGCUCUGGGUUACCAUCAACUUGUAAUAGCAAUGAUGUUCCCAGGACAUGAAGCUCUGGUUUCCUGAUGUAUUUAUGCACAAUUUUGGGCACGGCUUCAAACAUUGGCCAAUCUGUCGGGGCAUUCUGUGAACUUUUUUGACCUUAACGGAACAUGAAGCUUGCCACUUGUACUAUUA